AUGAUUUCACCCUCAAUAUUAGCAGCGCAAAGGGCAAAGUUGCUCAGUCACAUCGAAGCUACACACACCUCACAACAGUUUCGCAACCGCAAUAUGGAGGGCACCCUUAUCUUAGCAGUGAAGCUCCUGUCCAAAGUUUUUCUUCAAUCACUCCCUGUUUUAUCACAAUUAACAACCUUCUGCAAGCUAUGGUUAGGUGUACUGACAAGAAUGGAAAAAUAUAUGAAGGUGAAAGUUAGGGGGAAAAGAAGUGAGAAGCUUCAAGAAACAGUGCCCGACCUACUUAAGAACUCUUUGCUUUCUAUGAAAAUGAGAGGUAUACUGGCCCAGAGGAGUGCAUUGGGUGGCGAUAGUCUUUGGGAAUUAACUUGGCUUCAUGUGAAUAACAUUUCACUCUCUUUGCAACUUGAGGUAUUUCCUGAGCGGGACUCAGAACAUUUGCAGCACAAACAGGGUGAAUCAGUAGGAGGCUUGGCACCUGAAGAAAAGGUUUAUGUCCCUUCAACUGGAAUCACAAGCCUUGAAGAUACCGGUUUUGUUGGUUAA